GAGGAGUAUAAAUAGGAGGAGCCGUGUGGGAGCGGGUUGUUUUUGUCUAGAACCAGAAAGUAUCGCUGCUGAAGACUCUCAAGACUCUAAAACAAGUUAGUGGGUCUGUUGUUUGGAGUCAUGUGGAAGGCACUGAGCCUUACACUGGCUCUCUGCCUACUGGUGGGCUGCAGUGCAGAGAGCGAGACAGACGGAGCCCGCUGUAAAUGUCCUCCCGUGUGGAAGGUCGGAGAGGAGGAGCCCAUGAAGAACGCUCUUGGACAUGUGACAGUGGUGGCUUACCUCCAGGCCAGCUGACUGUUCUGCUUGGAGCAAGCAUCAAAGCUCAAUGACUUGCUCCUGAAGUUAGAGAACCAAGGUUAUGUAAAUAUAAACUACAUGGUGGUAAACAACCGAGAUGAAAGGUCCCAACGGCUGCACCACUUGCUCAAAGAAAGACUGAUGAAUAUCACCCUCUAUGCCCAAGACCUCAGUCAGCCGGAUGUCUGGCAGGCAGUAAAUGCUGAGAAGGAUGACAUCUUGGUCUAUGACAGGUGUGGCCGACUC